GAUCUCUGAUUCACAGCAUCCCACAAUGUCACAUGAAAGUAACAUACCUGGGGGGAGUGCAUCACAUGUGUUUGCAGGGGUCCUACUGGACUUCGACGGCACCAUUAUUGAUUCGACAGAGGCUAUUGUGGAGAAUUGGAAGAGAGUCGGCCUUGAAUUGGGAAUCGACCACCAGGAGAUCCUUCGCACAUCACACGGAAGACGCAGCAUCGAUGUUCUGCAACAGCUAGAUCCCACAAAGGCGAACUGGGAAUAUGUCAGCGCCAUGGAAGCCAGAGUUCCCUUUCUUUGCAAAUCACCUGCUGUCGAAAUCCCCGGGGCCCGCAGGCUACUCGAAUCGUUAGACAGACACCAGAUCCCCAAUGCCAUCGUGACAUCCGGCACAAGAGCACUGUUAGACGGAUGGUUAAAGGUUCUUCAGCUCCCACAACCACAGGAGGCCACUGUUGCAGAGGAUGUCAAGCUCGGAAAGCCUGAUCCAGAGGGGUAUUCCAAGGCACGGGCCAAGCUUUUGCUUUCGCAGAUUGAUGGAGGAUGCACAGAUGUUUUGGUCAUGGAAGAUGCCCCUGCAGGUAUACGGGCGGGGAAAGCGGCCGAGUGUAAGGUUUUGGCUGUUGCGACGACACAUGGUGUGGAAGAAUUGAAGGCUGCUGGGGCGGACUGGGUGGUCAAAGAUCAUCGGUCGGUGGAGGUAGAGGUGGGCCCUGACAGGGGGUACCGGUUUGUUUUUCAUCAGUUGCUAUAGAAUCGCGGAUAAAAAGAUAUGAUAUUAUAGAAACCGCAUCUCAGGUGAUGAUUGAGGUGAAGGCGGAAGGUAGACUACAUCAUGAUUCGAUCACCUGACUACCCAGCGAUUCAUGGCUAUUCAGUGCAAAGGGUUUGAGAGUGAACCUGUACAAAGUGGAUAUUCCGUGCGGUAUUUAUACCAGUUGGAGAGGUUGUCUGCCAGAUCGCGUUCGAAGUAGAACAUGAAUAGUACCACGAGGGC